AUGAAGGUCUUUGCUUUGGUGCUUUUAUUUGCUGCGGUAGCCUGUGCUACUCCUAUUGACAUCUUGGGAAAGUUAUUGUACGAUCGUCUGACCGGACCCGCCGUUGACAUUAAUCCAUUCAUUAUUGAUGGUGAGAAUGCCGCCGAGAAAUCUGCACCCUAUUUGGUUUCAUUGAGCGCCUCCAAAUUGGUAGCCGCUCACAGCUGUGCUGGCACCAUCAUUGGCAAGGAAUGGGUUUUGACCGCUGCUCAUUGCGUCAAUGAAUUGAACCAAUUGGCCGGUAAUAUAGUUGGCUUGACUGUGUACGCUGGUUUGACCGAUCGCACCAACGAAGAAAAUGCUCAAAUUCGCACAAUCGACUUUGCCUUCAAUCACAAACAGUUCACCGGUGCUGAAGGUUCCGACGAUAUUGCCCUGUUGCACGUGACACCCGCUUUUGAAUUUGGUGCCAAUGUGAAAGCCGCUGCUUUGCCCUACCUAAAGGAAGAGUUCGAUGGAGAAACUUCAGCAAACUACGGAUGGGGUUUGGACAAUGCCGAAGGUUCCUUGUAUGUUAAAGACUUGAAGGUUGCCAAGUCCGAUGUCUUGACUGCUGAAGAAUGCAAGGCAGCCCUCCCAUCGGAUGCUCCCGUAAGCUCAAAGCAAAUUUGCGUAAAGGUAGCUGCCUGCUACGGUGAUGGCGGUUCUCCUUUGGUCGUUGAACGCGACGGUGACGUCGCUGAGUUAGUUGGCAUCACAUCCUGGGGCUACAUGCCUUGUGGUUACAACAACCGCCCCACUAUUUACACCGCUGUAUCUCAAUAUGUUGAUUGGAUCAAUGAGGUCCAAUGGGCAUACAACGUACUUCAUUAAACCCAU